AUGGUCACAUAUGGUGCUGGUCUGAUGGGGUACCAUCGAGGGAGCAACCGUGCCCGGUCAGGACAGCGCAAUGAUGAUCCUUUCUGGGCUUUGCCUCUGCAAUACCGUCCUAUGGCUUCUCCAGGGCCUGUGAUCGAUCUGCUGAACACCCUAAUGAAGAACUGA